GCCAGCGCGCGCACUGACCUCGGCGCGAGACCGAGACGCGCCGCCUCUUGCUCGCGGGGUCGAUCGCCGAGGCGAAGAUGACGGUGGUGCCCGGGGAGAACGCGGACGAGAGCGCGGCGCUCGCCGCGUUCCCGCACGACGCGUACGACGUGGAGCGCGCCGACCAGGAGUGCUGCGAGCGGGUGGUCAUCAACAUCUCGGGGCUGCGCUUCGAGACGCAGCUGAAGACGCUGGCGCAGUUCCCGGGCACCCUGCUGGGCGACCCCGGCAAGAGGAUGCGCUUCUUCGACCCGCUGCGCAACGAGUACUUCUUCGACAGGAACCGGCCGAGCUUCGACGCCAUCCUCUACUACUACCAGUCCGGCGGCAGGCUGCGGAGACCCGUCAACGUGCCCGUGGACAUCUUCCUGGAGGAGAUCAAGUUCUAUGAGCUGGGGGAGGAGGUGAUCGAGAAUUUCAAGGAGGACGAGGGCUUCAUCAAGGAGGAAGAGCGCCCGCUGCCGGACAACGAGUUCCAGCGUCAGGUGUGGCUGCUCUUCGAGUACCCCGAGAGCUCGGGCCCGGCCAGGGGCAUCGCCAUCGUGUCCGUGCUGGUCAUCCUCAUCUCCAUCGUCAUCUUCUGCAUGGAGACCCUGCCUGAGUUCAGGGAGGAGAACCGUUCCUUUGAGGGUCAGCUCGCGGCGAACGGAACUUCUCGGGCGGAGAAGCCCAAUCCCUUCACGGAUCCCUUCUUCAUAGUGGAGACCCUGUGCAUCAUCUGGUUCUCCUUCGAGCUCCUCGUGAGGUUCCUGGCGUGCCCCAGCAAGCCGGCUUUCUUCAAAAACAUCAUGAACACCAUUGACAUCGUGGCCAUCAUGCCCUAUUUCAUCACCCUGGGCUUGGAGCUGGCCGAGCACCAAGGAAACGGCCAGCAAGCCAUGUCUCUGGCCAUCCUGAGGGUCAUCCGCCUGGUGAGGGUCUUCAGGAUCUUCAAGCUGUCGAGACACUCGAAGGGCCUUCAAAUCCUGGGCAAGACCCUCCAGGCGAGCAUGAGGGAGCUCGGCCUCCUCAUCUUCUUCCUCUUCAUCGGGGUCAUCUUGUUCUCGAGCGCCGUGUACUUCGCAGAGACCGACGACCCCGAGUCGGGCUUCAGCAGCAUCCCGGACGCUUUCUGGUGGGCCGUGGUGUCCAUGACCACCGUGGGCUACGGGGACAUGUGUCCCGUCACCAUCGGUGGCAAAAUCGUGGGCUCGCUGUGCGCCAUCGCCGGCGUGCUCACCAUCGCCUUGCCCGUCCCCGUGAUCGUGUCCAACUUCAACUACUUCUACCACAGGGAGACGGAGCACGAGGAGCAGCUCCAGUACACGCACGUGACGUGCGGCCAGCAGCAGCCCUCUUUCGGGGAGUUCAAGAGCGACAGCAAGCCCUCCUUCAACAGGUCCGACUACAUGGACCACGAGGACUUGGACUCCAUCAAAUACACGAACUGCAGCCCACAGAAGGCGUACACGGGCAAGCUGACGGACGUGUGAGCGCGCGUGGCGCGCGGGGAGCCACCUGGGAACGAUGCGCCUCUGUGCGUAAAAAGCGCUCAUCCCGCACUUCGGCUUCGCUCCGUUCGCAGCCCGUUCGCCUCCUUUUCAAGGCGCCGCAGGCGCAGGAAGGAGCCGGACGACUUAGACAAUUUUUUUUUUUUCCUCUCUCUCUCUCUCUCUCUCUCUCUCUUUUUUGGAAGAAUAGCACACGGGGGGUCGGCAUAAUCUCCGCUUGUUGCGCCCGCAGCGUUGAAGCGUAAAGUUGCUUUGGAUUCUCGUGUUUUAGGAUGUAAAACAUCUUCACAUAGGCUUCACCUCUGGUAGCACUUUAUUUUUCUAAUAGCGGUAAUAUGAAAUGUUUUGUUACAAAAACGUUUACAUUUGUUUUUGCGUGUUUUUGAGCGCAGGGAGGAAAACAGGACACAUAGGACCAAUUAACCGAAAUUGUCGCGUCAUACGCGUAUUCCUCCAUCUAUCUGCGGACGGAACGGACGGUGCAAUUAAGGGCAGUAUGCAAGGUCAUUCGGAGCUGACCUGCCUGCUUUGUUCUCCACACAUCAUUUUGCGUCACUAAUUUUCCAUGACUGCCGCAUAAAGAGGCGCUGCAGAUCUAAAUAUAAGAACUGCCCGUGAUUUUGACUGUAUAGCAAUUACAGGUGCCACUGGAACGUGUCCAGCACUUAGUGAGACUAUAUUCUCUUUCAUUUUCGAGAGCAAAUUGCCCUUCAAAUCAGUUUCUGCGAAAGGCGAAUUAUGUAGGCGCUUUCGAUCGACCUUCAAGGCAAAACAAGAAGAAGUAGGCUCAUAAUUGUUUACAUUUUUAGAUAUUCUUUACGAAAUUCUCGGCUGUCGCCGAAAUAAACGAAAACGAACUAUUGUAAAAUGAUUAUUUUUGUUAUACAACAGGCCAGGAAUAUAUGUGUUUAUGUGCGCACGCAGUGGUUGGAUUUUAAAGAAAGUGCUCCAGGAAAUGUCACGGCCGUGGUGGCUCCUUUGGAAAGAUUACACAGAUUGUAGCGCCGCCACGUGGACGAACAUGAGCCUUUUUGAAGAUGUCUUCAGAGACAAUAGUAACGUUUCUAUAGCAACCGUGCGGACCGUUCCCGCCUUUUGUCAGCAGCAAGAGAUUGUCGCUUAAUCGAGCUCUAAUAUCUGUAGUUGCUUUAAUGAAUGCAUCGUUACACUUGCUUUCCUGCAGUUUAUUUUCUUACAACUUAUAUUUCAGUCAGUCUUCCACACCGUCCUGAUGUAAUGUAAAUGUAAAUUAAAAUAAUAACAGAAUUGGCAAUUUUUAAGAUGGGUUUUGGUUUGCCCACUGUUUUGCAAGGAACAGAUUAACAAGAAAAUGACACGAAGCACACAGGGAGAUAAUCCAGAGUAAAACAUGAUGAACCCAGAGGACUGUUUCACAGCCAGGCUGUUGUAAAUGCAAUUACUGGACUAUAAUGAUAAAAAAUGUGCAAAGCCUUAGGAAUGAUGCCGAUGAUGAGGGUCAACCGAGGAUUCCAGAACAAGUCCGUGCGCGCGUUUUGGUCACCAUCCUGAUCGCGCUCCAUCCUCAGGGAAGCGGAGCUGCUCGGAAGCGUCUGUCCCCCACCAUCAUCAUCAUCAUCAUCAUGCUACUGAUCUCCAAAAAUACUGUCCUGCACAAAACCGGGAAGGGAACGAAAGCAGACCGAAUCAUGGAAACGGAAGGUGAGGGAGAAGACUCGCACUUGGCACCUGCGCACGUGGGGAAAGGAACGGAUCUGGAAAGAGGACCGGCGGAGACGAGGAGGAAGGAAGGAGGCACCCAA